AUGGCGUCGACGCAGGAAUUUCCAUCGCUAAAACAUGAACUACGUGUUAUCAAAGAGUCGCAAAACAACAAUAAAGACGAGACAAAUAAUCGUUUUGUCAAAGCCGAAACAGAAAUUAAACGACUCCAAGGUCGUAUUGGAUCGUUGGUCGAAGAAAAAUCUCAGUUACUGGAAAGAGUAGCUUUCUUAGAAAAUUCAAAUGCAAAGCUCCAUGAGGAAAUCACAUCCAACCACACCGAACCACAAGAUCAACAAGUUAACAACCAUAUCUCUCAGAGCGAAACCAAGCCACAAGAAGAAAAGGUUCCAGGUGCAAUAGAUUCUACCGCCGCGAAAGCCAGUAACAAAAAUAAUGAAAACCAAGAGCAAGUACAAGAUCAAUCACCAGAAUACGACUUUGUCAUCCUUUGUGAUUCGAACAGAAAGUAUAUCAACGCAGAUCAGCUUUAUCCAAAAGGAAAUAACAAAGUCAUUCCAUGCGGAAAUACAGCCAAAGCUAUUGACAUUUUAACCUCCCCAAGAUUUACGGUGAAGCAUGGCAUCAUUAUCAACACUGGCGUCAAUGAUUUGGAAAGUUUAUCACCCAAAGAUAUAAUCGAAAGCCAAACUUGUCUAGUGAACAUUGCUACAACCAAUUUUCCGGACAAAAAGAUCAUUAUGUCGAGUAUCACACCUAGACGGGACGACCUGGAUAAAUUCGUCUUCGAGGUCAACAAAGCAGUAGCCCAAAACAUUUGUAAAAUCCCUAAUGUCGUUUUGGUGGACAAUGGAAAUUUACGAAGUAAGGAUCAAUUCUACUUUGACACAAAACAUUUGAGUAGGAGACACGGUAUACCCCUAUUUGCAACCAAUUUAAAAAAUGGGAUUCGAAAAUCUUUGGGCAUCAAUAAUCGAAGAAUUUCUGGACAACAUCGAUUUCCAUACACCCAAAUCAAAUCAUGGAUCAAGUUGGAGUGA